CUCUUGCCCUACGUUGCCAUCCACAAGAAAUCUUUGGGAAUCAGCGUUGAGGAAACGGGUGCUAUUUCCGAACUUUCUGCCGUUGUUGGUGUGCUGACUCCUCUCGGCUUAGGCCUGAUAGCCGAUAAAUUGGGAAAUUUCAAAGUGCUUUUGAGCGUUUUAUUUGGAUUUAACAGCAUUACUGCGCUUCUCUUCUUGCUUGUUCCAGUCGGAAGGAUUUCGGUUGUUUACCCAACGAAUAUAUCGAUGGCACUCGGCUGCUUCGAUGACAAUUUAGGAAUUUUGUUGGUUACGGAGGUUUCUGCCUUUUUUUGUUCCUGCAAGAUAUUGGAGGUACUAAAUGAGUCUAAAUCGUUGAUGGGACUGUCUAAUACAGUCCCAUCGGUGGCUUUGAUUCCGCUGCUUAUCUUCUCCGAUCGCAUCUUCCGGAAGUUGAGUCAUCCAAACGUCAAGUCAUUUGCUUAGGCGUCAGCGUCAUUCGACUUACAGAUAUUCCUAUCUGCAAGAUCCUCGUUUGUGUCUCCUAUUGGAAUCCCUGGAGGCAAUUUCCUGGAAUUUCGCCCGAAUUUCCCACGUCGCCGACGCUAAUGUACUAGGAACAAAGACUACUAUAGCUUCUAUUCACGGAUUACUGUCAGGGAUCACCUAUGGCUUAGGGUGCGGAACUGGCAGUAUUGGUGGAGGUUUGCUUAUCGGAGUGUACGGCCUUCGCGUAACCUUCCGCAUUUUGGGUGCCAUCUCUUUCAUAACUGGCCUUCUCUACUUCCUGAUCAACAUCUUCUAUUUGCGUCAGAAAAAAGACGCAAAACUCAAGAAAUUUGAAAAGAUGGCUCCGUAUUUUCCAUCAGAACGCGCCCAACUCCCGAAGAAAAUCGGCGUGUGCAACAUAAUAACAGGUAGACGUAAACCGACAAACCCCUUUGGUUUGGCCCCUUCCCAGACCACACAAAUAAUAACACAAGGAGGAUCUGAUGGCGCUGACAGUUUCUGUGCCGUUUGGGGAAAUUUUUAUGGGCCCGUAAAAAUUGAACAGAAGAAGCCAAGGCCCUUGGCCAUCGCUGGCCGCCCUUAUUAGAAUAACAUCAUGGGAACAACAAAAUUGAAACUGAAUUAUUUCCGGUGAUUGGGUCAUUUAAAACAACAAAACUGAUGAUCAUCCCCGGCUGAAUUGAAUUUUUUUAUUUUCUUCAUCCUGGGCGGUGUAGUAGUAUCUAUUUGAUAUGCAAAAGAGGAGGAGCCCAUCGUGUAUGAUUCAUUUUCAAUUCGACUUUCUCCUUGAAUCUUUUACAACUUUUUUUCUACCAAAAAUCCAAACUAACGAAUUUUUGAUCGGUAUAUAGUAAUGUAAUAUCCGGCAGCACUAAACGACGUGUGCGAUUUAAGUCUAGGCAGGGACAGGUCGUUACUUUCCACUUAAAUCUUUAACCAACCAGACUAGGAAAAGCAAAAUUCCAUUCUCUCACACACAGCACAAACCUGUGUAUUACACGAUUGUUUACCCCUAUUAUUGGGUAACAGAUGUCGAACGACAUCCCAACGGAUUGGGUGGAAUUUUCACAGCGAACUGCGGCGUCAACUAUGAUAAAAAGGCAGAGAACUUUUAACAAUGUACUUAAACACCACACCCACCCAUGAAAAUGUAACAAGAGGAAGUAAAUUGCAGCAAUGAGAAGAAACAAAAAAUCUCAACCUCAAGAUUCUAUAAUUCACACAAUGGAACGAAAAGCCGAUACAAUUCACAGUGUUAAAAUUGUUAAUUGGAAAAUUAUAUAGAUCCUAGCUAUCAGCCUACCACGCCCGUGAUAGACGGUUCCGUACACACACUGGCAACUGUAUAGUGUUUUUGUUGAAUAUACGUGGUAUAAUGGUAUAUAUAUACCAUACCCAGAGUUUACAUAUCAUGCUUAGCAACAAAAACUAUACGUGUACUCGACCAGGUAUAACGCCAAUUUUCUGGGUUUUUUUGCUGGUCGCUACCUGGUCGCUACUCUUCCCAUCAAUAGAACCGAUACAUUCGAUAAUUAAAAGACCAUUGCAUGUGUGAACAGAGAUGCCCGGCAAUUAAACGGAAAAGAUCGUCGACCGCGUGAUCAAAUAUAACAUUUAAAGGAACGACCAAAAAAAAAGAUGCACCCUUUUAUGUAGAACAAAUAUCACACGUGUAUGUGUCUCUUUUUCUGGUAUUGUUUUAUUUUCUUCUGCUGUUAUAUUAAUUUCCGAAGAGAAAGAAAACUUUCGUUCAUUUGGACUCGACGAUAAAAUGCAGACCAGCUGGCGUGAUCCACACCGAACAAAAAAAAAAGGUUCAUUCGAUUCGUGUGUUGUUUUAAUUGAACUGAACGGUGACCAUAGUGGGCGACCGUAAUAACAAUAUAACAAACCGGACGGACGCGAGUGUUGAGAGAACAUCAUCACACCAGAUGGUCCCGUGUACUAUACAGUAACCAUCCGCUGCUGAUGUCCCGCGCGUUCACAAACUUUAUUCUUCGGUCGGGGACAUUGUCGUCACCGGUUCACAGCCUUCUUCUUCUACUUCUUAUCGGCAGUGUAACACACCCGAGUGUGUGGUGCACUAUAGACGCGUGUAAUAACGACAACCAUGCGAAACCUAAUCAAGUCAUUAUUACGGACACGCCAUCACAAUUCACAAUGCCAAGUUCAUUGUCCCUUUGAAUAAUUUCGGCUGUGUGUCUUUUUUUUUUUCUUAUUAGAAACAUAAUAACAAUAAUUAUUAAAUCUUUUUUUUUCUCAUCAACAAGAAACAAUAUUACAGAACAUCUCAAUAGAAAAUGAGUGUGUGUGGAUAGUUAUUAUUAUGUAAACUGGCAUCUAUGUUUUCUUUUUUAAUGAUCGUGUUUUUUCGUUUUUUUCAGGAAUUUUCUCAGUAGACUGGAGGUUUUUUUAAUGUUUUCUCUGGAAAAAAGGAGAAGGUCCUUUCAGAAAAAUAAAAACGAUUAUGUAUUUUGUUGGUAAUUAUGUGUGAAAUGAUUUAUAUCGGAAUCCCUUUCCGUUUUUAUGGCGAAUUGUUACGAAAAAUUCUUAGCAGACGAUAAAAAUGUCCCAAUCCUGGUGUGUAGACGUCGUGUUUCGCUGGUCUACUCGAAAACUAUUCCAAAGAAGAAAGAAGAAUGUGAGGAAUGUCUCAUGGCAUCAUCAUGGUUAAUUAUUCGUCGACGACAUGUGUUGGAAGGUUUUGGACGGACCACGUGUGGGUCCCUUUGUCAAAUAAUGAUACCGUGUGCCUUCUGUUCACAACCAGUAUUUGACGUGCUCGGCCGGUCGACCCGGAGGACGUUGCGUCUCUACCAGCCGUCAAGAUGCCAUCCGCCAGUCCGUUUGAGGGUGGGCUGAUCUGCGGCAUCAACAAAUCGACAGACUCGUCGUCUUCCUUCGUCAUCGGCGGAGGUGCCGGAGGCGGUUGGGAUUGUGACGAAUACUUCCCCAUGUGCGACGACCUGUUCACCGUCAGCGUCGUCAACAACAACAAUAGCAACAACAAUUCCAUGGCCCCACAUCUCGGCCACCAUCUCAUCAACAACCACCACGAAGCUCAGCCACAGCAGCAGCAGCAGCAGCAACAACAUUUGGCGGUGGAUGUCUCGCCGGAUGCAUCCGUCGCCCAUCAUCACAGCAACCACCUCCAUCAGCAACACCACCACCACCUCCAACAACAACAACAACAACAUCCCGACGACUUUAUGGUUCACCUGUUGCCGCUCGGCGGUGGUGGUGGCGCCGACCAAAGCAACAACAACAACAACACCACCGCCAACAGCAUGAAUAACAAUUCAGCCACCGCCCACAAGACCAUCCCAGUCUUUUCCAGCAGCUUUUCCAACGGCGCCUGGGAGAAGAAACUGCCGGCCGACUGGGAUGAGAGCGACACGAUCGAUUGGCUUUUCACCGUCGCCAACAAACUGGGAAUCCCUUGCGAAUAUUUCGCCAGUUUCAGUCACCUCAGAGGAGCCAAUUUGCUGGAAAUGAACAAAGAGGAUUUCCAAUUGAAGUAUCCCAAUCAUGGCCACAAAUUCUACGAGGCUUUUAGGCAGCUCGUCCAUCAGAUCCAAAUCCAGCAACAACAGCAACAGCAACAACAACAACACAGUCCAGCCAUCAUCGAAGGCAACGCCACUGAUCUCUUGGGCCUGCAGAAUGCGCCGGCCGUGCACCAUCAUCACCACCUCCAUCCAGCCAACAAUGUCGACUGCUGGUCGAUGAUGCCCCCGUCGAUGGAGCAGAAUAACUACACGGCCACGGUGGCUACCAACAGCACGGUGGUUGUUGGAGGCCAGCAACAACCGGAAAACAGUAUGGGACUGGCUAAUGGCGGUUACUGCGGAACGGCGGCUCAAGAGCGGGCCGGCCAGCACCAGUACAGCAGCAGCAACAACAACCCGAUUGAUUCGUCGUCUACAUCGUCUUACAUUUACCUCAACGGUUCAGCGAAUCACCACCAUCACAGUAGUAGUCAUCACCAACACCAUCAACAACAUCAUUCGGCCGGCAGCAAAAGUCUUGGCGGUUACGGAAGCGAUCCGCUCCAGCUGAACAAUUUCCACCACCACCACCACCAGCACAACCCGCACCACCACCAUCAGCAGCAGCAGCAGCAACAACACGAAAGUUACGAUUCGUAUUCGGUGGACUUGAUGGGGCCGGAUCAUUACUCGGAGAAUUACUCCAACAGUACGCCUUCUUCCGAUCCGGAAGAGAUGACGGCGCCCAGCGAUUGCGCCACGCCCCAGAUGAUGGCCAACAGUUCGGCAGUCAAUGGCGCCGGGCUGCUGAAGCGGGUGGGCCGGCCCAGUACGGCUGGCAAGAGCAGCAGCAGCUCGAGCAGCAGCAGCAGCAGCCGGCGGAGGAAGCAGGACAGAGGCUACGGCAAACUCUGGGAAUUCAUCCGCGACCUUUUGCACGACCCCAAGUACUGCCCCAGCAUGGUCAGGUGGGAGGACGUCAACGACGGAGUUUUCCGCAUCGUCCAGAGCGAGAAACUGGCCAAUUUGUGGGGCACCAUCAAGAACAAUCCUCGAAUGACGUACGAAAAACUCAGCAGGGCCAUGAGGUACUACUACAAAAGUAAAGUGUUUCUGCCGGUGCUGGGCCGUCGUCUAGUGUACAAAUUUGGUCCCCACGCCGUCCUGUGGAGGCCGGACAACCCGAAUUUCGAGCACCCAACGAUGGAAGGAGAUGAUGUGAGGCACAGUGUGAGGACGUGACGUAAUCGAUUUAUUGCGGUUAGUUCCCGCCAAGUAUAGUUACAAAUUACCUCAUCGAAAAUUAAGAGAAAUAAGAAAAAAAAAGGUUGUUAUGUAAGUAGAACAAGGGUUAAAACAUGUUACAUCCAUUGCCAAAACAAACAAGAUCGUUUUAUUCCUUCAAACUUAUAAAAGAAUGGGAAAACAAAUUUGUCAUUAUCGGGGAAAACAGACAAUGCAAAUGGGCACAAGAUUUCAAAUCGAAUUUUUUUUUUAGUUUUAAAUUAAAUUAAAAUUUGAUAUACAUAAAACAAAAUGACGAGAAAAAAAAUUGUAAAUUUAUUGAAUGGAGGCAAUUGUGUAAACUUAAUCACUUCAAAAUAACAAUGAAAAAUCACGUCACAUCGUUCUUUUUUCAUCUCUUGAUUUGAUAUAAAUAAUUAUAAAUAGCUACGAAGAAAAAGGCAAGUGGUGCAAUCAACGUGUUGUGAAAUCUCUCUCGCGUAACCCCGUUUCAAUUGGUUGAUGAAAUUGUCCUGAUUCGUCGUGAUGAUACCCUCCCAUUCGUCAAAACCAAAUCAUUUCAGAGUACCAAGAAUCUCGUAAAAUAAUUUGCAGUUUCUCUCAUUUGAUUUGACGAUACUUUUUUUGUUGUUGUUCUUGAGUUGUUGCUGUUGUUGUUGUUGACUACGUUUCUUGAAUGAAUUCCCGAUCCCUGGCAUUCAUGACGUUGUUAUUACUGUUGUCGUUUUCGGUUGAAAUUUCACACACUUUUGUGCCAUUCCCGUCACACCAAAUUUCCCCACGCACACAAUUUUGUUUUUCUACUUCAAAAUUUCACUAAAAAAAAUCUUUGUAAGUUGUUUAUUCACCUGGGGGGUUUCUUAACCAAAUUGUUUCUCUCUGUCGUGAAACGAAAUUAAAGUCACGAUCCAUUUUUUUUCUCCAUCCACAAACUUGACCAAUGCACCACAUACACACACACACAUUUUCUCCGACAAAAAAGGUUUUUAAAGCCUUUAAAAAAAUUUUGAUUCCCACGCGCGCACACAAACGUUUGCGUUCUACCGCAGUGUUUUAUAAUGUAUGUGUAACUUUUAUACGUUAACGUUUUUUGUUUUUUACAUUAUUUUUGGAGAGAGAAAGAAAAUUGAGUAUCAGCUGCGUUUGAUAUCAAAGAAACACGCCCUUUUUAAAAUUUCAAAGAUGAAAAAAAAAAUAUAAAUAUAUAUAUUUGAAUAUUUGUUUAUGUAUUUUGAAACAUUUUGUUUUCGAUACGGGAAAUUGUAUGAAUUUGUUUUGUCUCACACCGAAAAAAGUCUUGGAUGUCCCUUCCAUCUCCUUCCAUUUAUCAUUUUGAUCAAUUUUGAAAAAACAAACAAAAAAUACAAAAGACACGACUUGAUUCGUCAUUGAUUAUAUCAAA